CUGAUAGCGAGCGGGUUUACCUGCUGUAAGAUUGCACUGUAGGCUGUAGUUAUGAAGGCGGAAGGCGUACUGAGUGCGCCACCAAGUUUGUUUGGGGGCACUACAGAGUGGCAAGUUUAAGCGUAGAGCGGAAGAGGGCACAUUGCCGUGGAUCAGGAUUCUAUCCGAGUUCAUUAACCUUUGAGCAGAUAUGGAUUUUGCAGUGUACGGAACUCCGUGGAUCUAGAUCUGACUCGUCCACGCUGCGCGACCAGCAGCAUGCUAACCACCUCGGUGUCUGCUGGGAUCGUACGUUUUUUUGCGUUUUGUUUCCACAGAUUGUCUUCAAACGUCGCCAGAAAUUAAGAAGAGUUAGCUUGGCAUAUAUACUUACAAGAUUUACAAGAAAAAGUAAACAUGUUGGGAAAUACCGUUGGUUAUGCGGCCAAGAAACGGAAGAAGCCCGUUCAAAAAAUUCCCAAGCCAGCCCCCCCAGAAGGGAAGUCCAACCCGUCCAAGCGGCACCGGGACCGGCUCAACGGGGAGCUGGACCGGCUGACCAGCCUGCUGCCCUUCCCCCAGGAGGUGCGCUCACGCCUGGACAAGCUGUCCGUACUGAGGCUCAGCGUCGGGUACCUCAAAGUCAAGAGCUUCUUCAACGCCACGCUGCAGAAGCACGAUGAGAGCUGCCUGCCGGGCGGGACGGCGGCCCUCAGGGGGAAUGGGAAGACGGCGUCUGCCAUCGACGGCGUUGCCAUCUCGGAGGGAGAGCUCCUCCUCCAGGCCCUGAGUGGUUUUGUGCUUGUGGUCACAGCUGAAGGCUACAUUUUUUACGCCUCUCCUACUAUACAGGACUACCUGGGCUUCCAUCAGUCGGACGUGGUCCACCAGAGCGUGUUCGAGAUGAUCCACUCAGACGACCGCGCCAUGUUCCGUGGCCAGCUGCACUUCGCUCUCAACCCCAACCAGGGGGACCCCGAGCAGGGCAGCAGCGGCAUGCAGAGCAGCCAGAUCUCCAGCAACAUUGUGACCUACGACCCCCAGCUCAUCCCCCCAGAAAACUCCUCCUUCCUGGAGAGGAGCUUCUGCUGUCGCUUCCGAUGUCUUCUUGACAACUCCUCUGGCUUCCUGGCACUGAACUUCCAUGGGCGUCUGAAGUACCUCCACGGGCAGAACCAGGUGUCGGAGGACGGGAAGACUGCCCACUCCCAGCUGGCCCUGUUCGCCAUCGCCGCCCCCGUACAGCCCCCCGCCAUCCUGGAGAUCAGGACCAAGACCCUCAUCUUCCAGACCAAACACAAGCUGGACUUCUCUCCCAUGGGCAUCGACACCAGAGGAAAGGUGGUUCUGGGAUAUUCUGAAACGGAGCUCUGUAUGAAAGGCUCAGGAUACCAGUUCAUCCACGCUGCCGAUAUGAUGUACUGCGCAGACAACCACAUGAAGAUGAUAAAAACAGGGGAGAGCGGUUUCUCCGUCUUCAGGCUCCUGGCUAAGUCGGGCCUGUGGGUCUGGGUCCAGGCCACUGCCAGGCUGGUGUUCAAAGGAGGAAGGCCAGAUUUCGUCAUCGCUCGACAGAGACCCUUAACGAACGAAGAGGGGGAGGAGCACUUUCGCAAAAGGAGGCUUCAGCUCCCCUUUGACUGCGCCUCUGGGGAGGGGGUCCUCUACGACGUCGGCCCGAGCCUGGACAUGAUGGACGCCAACAGGCCCGAAACCAGGAGCACGUCCCAGGGGCGGGCUGUGGACCCCAUGUCUCUCCUGGGCUCUAUGCUCAACCAGGACCAGUCCGCAUACAUCCAGCCCGUGGCCCCAGACCCUCAGGAUACCCUGGACCGGGCCUUCAUGGACAGCCACGCCCUGCUCAGCGUCCCUGGGGACGCCUGGCAGCUGGAGGCCCCCACCCCGGGCGGCCACCUCAAGCAGGACUCUACAUUGGCGGGCAUCAUGGAGUCCCUGGAGCAGAUCAUGAGCGACAGCGGCCUGGGCGCGGCCCUGGAGGAGCUGGAGGUGGACGACAGCGAGCUGAAGGAGUGGGAGAACGCCCUGCUUAAGAUGAACGGCAGCAGCAGCAGCGACACCUCGCUGGAGCUGAGCAGGGUCCUGGCCAAUGACAUCUUCUCCUACGUGGAGGAGGCGCUCUUCAAGGAGAACCCCCUGGGCCCCUGCCGCGGAGACGCGCCCCGGGAGGAGGCCGGCGUCCCGUCGGGUUGCUUCGGCGAGGCCUUCUCGGGGACGUCUCGGGGCCUUCCCGGAGUGGGAUUGCGGAAUUCUGGGUUGCCUGGUGACCGGCAGAAUGCGGUGCUCUCUGCUCCUCUGAGGCAGACACGGGCCUUCCCCCAGGUGGACUGGGUUGGAAUGGGUGAGCAAAACAUUGUGGGAUUGGGGACUGGCGUCGGAGGCAUGCAGGAGGCCAUCAGCCCUGACCCUCUAGCCACCAUGAGGCUGAAUGGACCUAGAGUGGCUCACAACGAUAGCGGGUUGCCCCAGAGACAGCCAGGAUUCAGUGCCCAGACCGGCCUGAGUCAUAACAACCCGAUGCCCUAUAACCUCACCCUGGCUACCCCCUGCACUCAGACGCAGGUGAACCAGUUCAGACAGGGCCUGCCAAGCUCACAGACCGCACCCAGAUUUGGGUCCUGCCCACAGCAGAAGCUGCGGUCGGCUCCUUCGAGCACUGUUAGCCGGGUUCCCCCCGACUCGCUGGCUCCGUCCCUCCAGAACCAGCAGCAGCAGCAGCCGCUCGGGAUUGUGGGAAACUAUUUUGGGCACCAGACACGGCAUAAUUUCAUUGGCCAGUCAAACCACGCCACUUUGGAAGUUCAGCAAGACCAAUGGACCCCCUCCAUCCCCAACACUAAUUUUGAAGACAACCUGCAAGACGUCUGGGCCCCAAAUUUCCCCUCGAACCCCUCGCCGGGCCAGUACCUUCAGGGUAGGUUCUCAGUCCAGACGCAGAGUCUACCUUCCGAGCCUCUGAACCCGUGGCAGCCUCGGCAGGAGGUUCCCACAGUGAUGCACAGCAGGCAGCGGCACCCCUUGCCUCAGCAGCCCGACCCCGACCACCAGGACUUCCCGUCAGGUGCCUCGCCCCAGACUUCACAAAACUGCAGGACUUCCUACGGCUACAGGACCCAGAAUGCCGUGCCCGCCCUGUCAUCGAGCGUAAACGGCUGCAUGUUCGAUGGAGGCCCACCGUCCACAGGCAAAGGGGAGUGCUUCGGCAUCCCGGAGCUGGGAAUGCCUGUGCUCCCGUACCAAAAACUGAACCCGUCAAACAGCCAGAGCUCCCCGCAGGCUAGCUUCUGCUUCCAGAAUUUUCCAGGGAACAUGGUCCUGGGCUCAUCCACCAGUGGCCAGGGGAGCGGCCAGCCCCGCCUGCCGGCUCCCGGCGUCUCCCCGGGGGACACGAUGCCCCAUCACCAGUUUCUCAACUGCAACGGGCAGCCACAGGUACCGGGCCAUCCAACAGAAGAUGAGGACUCUUUUUCCUUCCCUCCACUUUCCAACGGAACAACAUAUUUUUCAGAGAACAAUCAAACCAACUGCUGCGACUUCUAGAAGGCCGUGGCUUGUACUCACCUCCUGCGGUGUCAAAGGUCAAAGGCCAAAGGCCCGCUGGGGAGGAGGAAGGGGCCGAGACGGCGAGGUGUCGCAGUGCUUCCCGGGGAAGUUCACCGUCCAGUUUUUUCCCAAACCUCGUGAUACUGAAGCCUGUUGUAGCUUCUGCCUCUUCUCACAGCUUCACCGUUCACAAAAUACACAAACUUCAGGCUGCGGCCCCGGACUCCGGGAGCGGCGAGGGUCAGUCACCCGAACGGCCGCUUCGCACGCCAUUCGCACCGUUCAUCACGCCGCGGGAGGAACACACCAGGACGUCCUGAUGGAGUAUAUUUAUUUAUUUCUGUUCUUUCUCACUUUUUUAUCUUCAUUUUCAUGUUCAACGGGGAAAAAAACAAGAAUCUGUUGGAAAAUUAUUGCUUUCAAAAACGCGCAUAUCAGCAGACACCGUAGGAAUGAAGUAGCCAAUCGAAAGGGGAUGGAAUUUCUGGGAGUUGAUUCAAGCAAGGACUGACGAUUUAUCACUGGUCAGAAUGUUCUACCCUCCAGAUGGAAAAGAUACCAUCUCUUAACUGGAUUUAGGACUCACUCCUCUUCAUAUGCACCUGUGGGUGAAUGUUGAGAUGUUAUACCAGGAAAUAAAAAACUUUUCUUGUGGUAGAUUUGACAUUGUAAACUAUACAAUAGUUCAACAUAAGAAAGAAAAAAAUGGAAAUGUGGUGUGGCAAUAUAAAAAUCAAAACACACUUGUGUGUUCUAAACGAUCUACUGCUGUCUACUUGAAUGUGACAUGUUCAGGUAAUCACCAGGAUUGUACUGUUCUUUAAUUUCACAC